GUGCAUUACAAUCUACACAUACAUACGAUAAUAGUGAUCAUGGCCUCAAAAGCGAUAGAUAUGCGCAAAGCAGCAGCAAAAUUCUUCACAGCCUCCCAUUUCGCUGUAGCAGGCGCCUCUUCCAACCCCCAGAAAUUCGGCCAUCGCAUAUUCGCCUGGUAUCUUCCCCGAGAGCUCUCAGCAAUUCCCCUAAAUCCGACAACACCUUCUAUAUCAGUACGCGGGAAAGAUUACGAUACUGUAGCAUCGCCUUCGAAAGUCUCAGAUCCCAAGCAUACGAGCCUCAGUGUCAUCACUCCUCCGCCCGUUACUGCGAAGCUAUUGCAAGAAGCCAAGGAAGCUGGGAUACUUGCGGUAUGGCUACAGCCCGGGAGUUUUACGGAUAAAGAGCUCGAAUAUGCGAUUGAGAAUUGGCCUGAUGCUGCUGUGGGUGGGUUUGCAGAUGGGACUGUAGGAGGGGAGGGCUGGUGUGUGCUCGUAGAUGGAGAUGCUUCUCUUGAAGCUUCUAAGAGCUUGCAGAGCAAGCAAACGACCAGCAAUGGCGUCAAUAAACCGAAACGUGCAGGACAUCUCGUCUCUAAGCGGCCAAGCAAGCACGAGCCUGUUGUGGGCAGGAAAGCGAGAGUCAAGAAACAUGUACUGGACCGUAUUGGGAGAACAGAGAAUAUCAAGUUGAGGCAAAUAUUAGCAAAUCUGGAAGGCUAGGAGGGUAUCAGGCGCAUAUGCGAGCCCACACAAACUACACGUAUCUCGCGCGUGCCCGGGCUAGUGUGUGCGGAUGCCGAUGCGAUGAUUGACAAAAAACCUGGAUUUACCGCAACGAUAUCUGGAGAAGCUCAAGGUGCGGCUGGAGUCUACACACCAAUGAGCAGCAGUGCUGGCGUUCUACAGGGCCUCGACUGGUCGGUAUUGAGCAGCGUUACUGAUAUCUCGAACUGAAAGGGGUUCGGUGAAGGACCGCGAUCGCAUGCAGCAGGUCGGACUCAAUUACUUUGAAGAGUCGUCUAGGACGGGCUUUCCUGCGAAUAGCAGGAGUGGUGCUGAGACGCAGUUGGCAUGCCCGUCUUCCUGGAGUACGAAAGUCACGCGCUCGGAAAUUCAAGGCAGGCCACGCUUUAUCAUUAUGCUGCAUUUCAUCUACGGCCUCUGGCAAUACACUCUUGGCCUCGCACAUGAUGAAUCUUGGAUGUUCGCUGCGAUCGAAGGCUCGAGGUCCGCUUUGUGCUUUCGAGGAAGUUGAGAGCACGGCCGCCUUCUACCUCUGCGGCUUGAGAAUUUGAAUGUUGAACUUCGAUGCACCGUUUUGUCGAGCAUCACUUUGCAAUUGGCGGAUGAUCGGAAAUCGACCCCGCGAAGAAGAUGGCUAGAUUCUGUGGAUGAUGGCGCACGAUCUCGCAGAGUAUUGUGAAAUCACAGACCAGCAAUAUACAUCACGCUCUCAUCCUCCCUGUGCAACCCCAAAUCG